UUUUCUAGGAAAAACCAAAAUGAAAGCCUCAACGACAGUCAUGUGAUUCCACUCAUUUUUUUCCACUUCAUUAAUCACAUUUGGCAGCUCAUUUCCUCGUGGUUCCCUAAAUAUACAUGCUAAUAGUUCCUGUAAACACCUGGUAAAAUUCACGUGUACUUCAGACUUACUUACAAAGUCUACAAACAUCAUAUCAUACGUAACAUCACGUUACAAUUCAGUGUGGUAGCGUUGACGUUUGUUCACUGAAGAUAACAUGGCAGCAGCUUGGAAGCUAUACAUCGCUUGCUGGUUUCUCGGUGCAGCUGUUCAAAGUGUUGUAUUUUUUAGCUACAACGCUGUUGAUUACUUCAACUACUUUUUCCCUGAUGAUUACAAGCCAGAGGUUUAUAUAGGAGUAACUGCUAGUGUAGGGUCAGCUCUUGGAGCAGUAUUAACCGUUUGUUCUCCUCCUAAACAGCGAUGUCUGACAGUCUUAAUGGCUGCACUUAUCGUGUCCGGCAUAAUUCUAAUGGUCGAAGUACUUAUAACRCCCUUACAAGAAGACACAAUCACAAACGAAGCGCGCUUCGGUGUUCUUCUAGGACUGGUCUUCCUGGCAACGGUAAUUCAAAACGUUGGCGGUGGAGCUCUAUACUACUUUGUUGGUAAACACAUUCCCCAAUUUGGUGUUCUUGCAGCACAGUCCGGCGGUGUUUGCGCAUUCGCGGCAACGUUUGUCGUUCGCUGCAUCUCUAAAGGAUCUUUUCAACACGAGAAGGACGUGCGACGUGGUUUCAGAUUAAGUGGUUAUAUGUAUGUAGCUCUAGUUGACUUGAUUAUCCUUUUAGCUACGUUUCUCAUCGCUAUUUUAAAACCGAUUCAAUCAAAUUGGAGAAGAGAAGUGAACGACGGGGAAAUUCAAUCCCUCUUGACAAGCAGAGUCAAACAAGGGAUUUCCUAUAGUGUAAUUAUCAGGAAAAACUGGUGCGCUUUGGCCACAAUAUGCCUCACCCUAGUAAYUUGCGAUGCUGUUUUCCCAGGUGUGACUUCUCAGUUCCAUGGAAAUUACAACUGUAGUACUACGUCAGUUAAUUCCACGUCACCGAUGAUGACAUCAUCACCGUCCACUAGUGACAAAACGGGCUGGUUUGUUGUGAUUUUAUUCGGCUGUUUUUCUGUAUCUGACACUAUUGGUAAAAAUAUACCUAUCCUAGGCAUCMUAUACAGCAAGAAAACUAUUCUAGUUAACCUCGUAGUACAGCUAGUGAUUGCAGUUCCAGCCCUACUCGUCUACUUUGAACCCUGUGUCACACAACUUCAAAGCGAUUGGGUUGCUUAUGUCACGGUUGGUCUUCUAGGUCUUGUGACUGGGUACGGUAUUUGCACAGCCAUGGUGMUUCUUGCUCCGGGCGAAUGUGACAAGAGACACGAGGAAGGAAUAGCUACAAGUAUUGGAUUCAUGUUUUUACAAGUCGGGAUUUUAUGCGGAAUGGGAAYCUCGUUGUUUCUGGUGGAGUACUUAUUUAAACACAUGAAAUACAGGAUGUACAUUUAAAUGCAUGACGACCGUGUAAAGACACCUGCUACCAGUGUCGUAGUUUACUUUUUUGUUAGGUGGGGUGGAGUGGAGGGAUUAAAGCUUUCCUCCUUUUUAGGAAGCUCCUAAAUUAAUUAGAUAUUGACAGAGAAAGAAGUCCACCCCCCCCCCCCCCCCCAAAUACCACUUCCAAUAUUUCUCGAUUCGGCCAUAAGAACCUGAUUGGCUCGCUUACGUAAAUACCGUUCCCUCUCAUGAUUACGAGUCUAGASCGUAAAGUCGGGCUAGCUAGUUUUGGGUGCCGCACACGGUGUAUAGGCAAACGCGAUGAUGAUGUAAUAUUCUGACUAUCAUAUAAUUAUAUAUGAAAGUAAACUAUGACGUAGAAUACCUUUUCACUAGUUUUUUUUAUUAAUAAUUAAUGUGCAGCUCAAUUCUUAUUGCAUAUUCACGCACCACGAUAUUCUAUUCUGGCGGCUUGGCCAGGAGUGAUAUCCUGUCUUUAAUUCUCAGUUUUCCAAAAUAGCAAAAUAGCCGACGACCACGCUCUAAGGACCCUUAAAUAGAUUUGACCUAAAAGUUCAUAUAAACAACAGAAACAAUUUCUAAUGCAAAUUAAAGAAAAGAUCACUACUUAUCGUA